AUGGGGGAUUUUCCUGAGGCAAAGUGGGAAAACGAGGAUGAAAGUCAAGCUCUUGAGUAUCCUUCGCACGAUGCCUGGCUGCGCUUCUUGCUGUCCAAUAUAUUCAUAGACUGGCCAGUUAAUUUGUUUGUUUUACAUAAUCAAAUGAAUAAACAGUCCAGUAAUGAGAGCUAUGGGCUGCGGAACCCUAAAUCUUCUGUUUAUCUGAACCACAGAUGGCAUGCUGUCGCUUCAUGGACUUGGGAUGCCCAGGAUGAAACGUGUGGAAUUUGUAGGAUGGCCUUUGAUGGCUGUUGUCCCGACUGUAAACUCCCUGGGGAUGAUUGUCCACUGAUAUGGGGUGCAUGCAAUCAUGCUUUCCAUCUUCAUUGCAUCUUGAAGUGGGUGAACUCGCAGACUUCUCAAGCACACUGCCCCAUGUGUCGGAGGGAAUGGCAAUUUAAAGAAUGAUGAGUCAAAACUCACAAAUUCUCCCAUCUUCAUUGCAUCUUGAAAUGGGUGAACUCGCAGACUUCUCAAGCACAUUGCCCCAUGAGUUAGGAGGAAUGGCAAUUUAAAGGAUUACAAGCCAAAGUGUAUGAUAUCCUCCCAACUCGUCCUUCUUUGCGCUAGAGUGUUUUUUAAUGCACCGACAGGUAUAUGCAAUUGAUUUGUGAGGAAUGAUGUCACUUUGGAGGAAUGUUCUUAUGAAUGGCCAACAUUAGUUGGUGUUUGGCCCUACCCACUAUGUAAUAGCCUUAUUGUCACGCAUGUCUGAUUUAUAAGUGGGGUAAUGUAAUCUUUACAUAUGCAUGAAUUCAAGGGAUUAUCAUGAUACACAGUAGUCCUUAAGUACUGUCUAAAGAUUGCAAAUUUGCAUGUUAUUUAUGCCUUGCAUUAAACUACAGCUGUUCUGGUAA